AUGACUAGUCUCUCAACCCACUCGAACCACAAUAACUACCUGACUGGCAAUAGAAAUAGGAAGAAUGCUGUUGUUAAGUUCGGUAGCCAGAUUCCCGAUGGUGUCGAUUCCCAAGACAUGAUCGAACACCCACUCCCCCAUGUCGCGUUCCACUUUCAGCAACUUCAAAGUGCCAUCAGAGACCUCUGCACCCGUCGUUUCAGCGUCAAGUAUAUCCAAGACCUGCAUCUGAAGUAUCGCUCCUUCUUACAGAGCAUGUACACGGCGGUUAAAACAGAUCGCGUGUUGAAGAAAAAGAUGAAGGCGGGGAAAAUCACGCAAGACGAUUAUGAACAAAGGGUGGGGGAUGUUAUUGAGGGAAUAGUAGAGGACUUGAAGAAUUCAUGCAAGAACGUCAGUUUCGACAAGGUGUACAGGGAGCUAGCGAGGGAGGAUAAUCGCAAUAACGCUUGGACAGAUGAGGACGUGGGGGAGGAUGAACUCCGAGAUCGUUGGGAGAGUGGGAAUAUCGAACAGUUUCUGUCCAGUGAGGCGAAUGACAAGAUAGAGGAGGAGGGGGGCAAGAUGAUGCUGUCAGCUCGGUAUGACGAAUCUGAUGAUGAAGACCUCGAAGUGCCAGACGAUGAGGAUUGCAGUAGCGAGGAUGACAACAUCAGCGACGAUUCUGAGGAGGACUACUAG